GGUGGUGAUGAAGGGUGAUGAUGAAGUUCAUGGUGAUGAUGAUGAUGAUGAAGGUGAUGGUGUUGAUGAAGGGUGAUGAUGAAGUUGAUGAUGAUGAAGGUGAUGGUUAAGGUGAUGAUGAUGAUGGUUGUGAUGAAGGUGAUGAAGUUCAUGGUGAUGAUGAUGAUGAUGAAGGUGAUGGUGUUGAUGAAGUUGAUGAUGAUGAUGAUGAAGGUGAUGGUGUUGAUGAAGGGUGAUGAUGAAGUUGAUGAUGAUGAUGAAGGUGAUGGUGUUGUUGAAGGGUGAUGAUGAAGUUGAUGAUGAUGAUGAUGAAGGUGAUGGUGUUGAAGGGUGAUGAUGAAGUUGAUGAUGAUGAUGAUGAAGGUGAUGGUUAAGGUGAUGAUGAUGAUGGUUGUGAUGAAGGUGAUGAUGAAGUUGAUGAUGAUGAUGAUGAAGGUGAUGAUGAUGAAGUUGAUGAUGAUGAUGAAGGUGAUGGUGUUGAUGAAGGGUGAUGAAGAAGUUGAUGAUGAUGAUGAUGAUGAAGGUGAUGGUGUUGAUGAAGGGUGAUGAUGAAGUUGAUGAUGAUGAUGAUGAUGAAGGUGAUGGUGUUGAUGAAGGGUGAUGAUGAAGUUGAUGAUGAUGAUGAAGGUGAUGGUGUUGAUGAAGGUGAUGAUGAAGUUGAUGGUGAUGAUGAUGAUGAUGAAGGUGAUGGUGUUGAUGAAGGGUGAUGAUGAUGAUGAUGAAGGUGAUGGUGUUGAUGAAGGGUGAUGAAGUUGAUGAUGAUGAUGAAGGUGAUGGUGUUGAUGAAGUUGAUGGUGAUGAUGAUGAUGAUGAAGGUGAUGGUGUUGAUGAAGGGUGAUGAUGAAGUUGAUGAUGAUGAUGAUGAUGAAGGUGAUGGUGUUGAUGAAGGGUGAUGAUGAAGUUGAUGAUGAUGAUGAAGGUGAUGGUGUUGAUGAUGAUGAUGAAGGUGAUGGUGUUGAUGAAGGGUGAUGAAGUUGAUGAUGAUGAUGAUGAUGAAGGUGAUGGUGUUGAUGAAGUUGAUGAUGAUGAUGAUGAAGGUGAUGGUGGUGAUGAAGGGUGAUGAUGAAGUUGAUGAUGAUGAUGAAGGUGAUGGUGGUGAUGAAGGGUGAUGAUGAAGUUGAUGAUGAUGAUGAAGGUGAUGGUGGUGAUGAAGCUGAUGAUGAAGUUGAUGAUGAUGAUGAUGAAGGUGAUGGUGUUGAUGAAGGGUGAUGAUGAAGUUGAUGAUGAUGAUGAUGAAGGUGAUGGUUAAGGUGAUGAUGAGGAUGGUUGUGAUGAAGGUGAUGAUGAAGUUCAUGGUGAUGAUGAUGAUGAUGAAGGUGAUGGUGUUGAUGAAGCUGAUGAUGAAGUUGAUGAUGAUGAUGAUGAAGGUGAUGGUUAAGGUGAUGAUGAUGAUGGUUGUGAUGAAGGUGAUGAUGAAGUUGAUGGUGAUGAUGAUGAUGAUGAAGGUGAUGGUGUUGAUGAAGCUGAUGAUGAAGUUGAUGAUGAUGAUGAUGAAGGUGAUGGUGUUGAUGAAGGGUGAUGAUGAAGUUGAUGAUGAUGAUGAUGAAGGUGAUGGUUAAGGUGAUGAUGAUGAUGGUUGUGAUGAAGGUGAUGAUGAAGGUGGGCUCCUGAGUGAGUGUCAGAGGUCAUCAUUAUGGUAACGGUGUCACCUCGUGCCCUUUAGGAGGACUACGAGGUGACUCCGGACGAGAAAAGGAAGAGUCGAGGAGACCAGAUCAUCAAGAAGUUCCUCACCAAGCAGUCCCCGGAGUGUGUGGAUGUGUUGGAGGUUCUUGCCGAACCCUGCAGAGAGAACCUUGAGCUGAGUCCCUGCAAAGAGAUCUUCAGCGAUUGCCGCAAGGCUCUGCAUGAGUACCUGAGUGGAGCUCCGUUCUCUGAUUACCAGAACAGCAUGUACUUCGACCGCUUUAUCCAGUGGAAAAUGCUGGAAAGGCAGCCGGUUACUAAAGACACAUUUCGGCAGUACAGAGUGUUGGGGAAGGGAGGCUUUGGAGAGGUGUGUGCGUGUCAGGUGAGGGCGACGGGGAAGAUGUACGCCUGUAAGAAGCUGGAGAAGAAGAGGAUAAAGAAGAGGAAGGGCGAGUCCAUGGCGCUGAACGAGAAACAGAUCCUGGAGAAAGUGAACAGCAGAUUCGUGGUGAGUUUAGCGUACGCGUACGAAACCAAAGACGCUCUGUGUCUGGUGCUGACCAUCAUGAACGGAGGAGAUCUGAAGUUCCACAUCUACAACAUGGGAACUCCGGGCUUCGAGAAGGAGCGCGUGCAGUUCUACGCUGCCGAGAUCUGCUGCGGUCUCGAGCACCUGCACCAAGAGUCCAUCGUCUACAGGGAUUUAAAACCGGAGAACAUUCUAUUAGACGAUAACGGCCACAUCCGGAUCUCAGACCUGGGGCUGGCCAUCAAAGUGCCUGAUGGUGAGCCGAUAAGAGGCCGAGUCGGUACUGUGGGCUACAUGGCUCCAGAGGUGAUCAAUAAUGAGCGCUACAGCAUGAGCCCUGAUUGGUGGGGUCUGGGCUGUCUGAUCUACGAGAUGACGGCGGGCCGCUCGCCUUUCCGUGCCCGCAAAGAACGAGUGAAGAGGGAGGAAGUGGAGAAACGAGUGCAGGAGGAGGAGGAGGAGUACAGCGACAAGUUUACAGAAGACACCAAAGCCAUCUGCAGGAUGCUUUUAGCAAAAGACCCUAAGCAGAGGCUAGGCUGUAAGACGGAGGGCGCGGUGGAGGUCAAAGCUCAUCCCUUCUUCAAGAAUAUCAACUUUAAGAGACUGGAGGCUGGAAUUCUGGAGCCUUCCUUUGUGCCUGAUCCGAGAGCAGUAUACUGUAAGGACGUGUUGGACAUUGAGCAGUUUUCCACUGUUAAAGGAGUCAAUCUGGACCAAACCGAUAACGAUUUCUACUCCAAGUUUGCCACUGGCAGCGUCUCUAUACCCUGGCAGAAUGAGAUGAUUGAGACGGAGUGUUUUAGUGACCUUAACGUGUUCGGGCCUCAGGGGACGCGCUCCCCGGACCUGGACUGGGCUCAGCCUCCUGAGGCUCCGCGCCGCAGCCUGCUGGACCGCCUCUUCAGGAGGAACGUGAGGAUCUCGUCCUCCUCCUCACACACAGAGGAGCCGGCCCGAGAACACAACAGCUAACUACAGACCAGCAUCCAGAGGCGACCGUCGCUCGCAGCCGAGUCUCGUCUUCCAGUGUCGACUCCGCGUUGACUCUGUGUCUAAACUCCGCCCCCUAGUGGACAGACGCCUGCGGGACUACAGGGAACCAGAACGAGGGAUGUAUACGUAGAGAAAGACUCACGGAAAAGAGGACGUUGGGGUUUUUUUUUUUCGUCCUUGAAUUUUCCAACGCGUUCCCGCUGGAGGGCAGGAGACGAAGCGACUCAGCUUUGGAGACGAUAAAGACGUUUAUUUCUUCUU